AUGAAGCAAGCGGGAAAAGUUAUGGUGCAUCCUAGCGUUGGGGAUCAUAUAUACGUUGUUCGUUCCUUGGGCUAUGCUCAUCAUGGUAGGUUGUUUUCGUAUUACGUUAGCGUUCUUUUAAACCAACGACUUAUUUCAACAUUUGUUAUUCAGAAUAUUAAAAGAUUUAGUAGAUGUUAGCAAAAAAUAAAUAAUAAAAAUACUGAAGUGCCCAUUAAGGGAAUUGGCUGGGGAACUCAAAAAUAGCUCCGGUCCUUUUUUUUGGAACUAAAAUGAGUUUCGCUUUCUUUCGGUUUUCAUUAAGAACUCACAAUACCAUGAAGCAAUAUGGCUCUUGUUUGAAGCUAAGACAGGCUGGAUUUUCACAAUGACAGUGACUAGGAAAUCGAAAAAUACCUUUUGUCUUUCGCCGGCGACAAUUUUUAAGAGACGAAAGAAGGAUGACUAGUUCAACUUACUGAAGCUGAAGAGAAGUCGGCAAAGCAAAAGCGACAAGUAUCAUUGCCUUAUAAACGCAGUAAAAUAUUUAGCUGAAAGACCAUAAUAUUUUUGUUUGAACUGUAUACGGAUGACUUUCAACUGAAGGGAGCUUUUGUCAGCUCAGUUGACUCCUAAGAGUCUACCAAAAGAAUCUGAAUCUCCGUACUGAGGCAACCUUACAUAUCAACUCGAUUGUGAAAGCAAUAUCGGUGGCAAGAGAGAAGGAGCUAAUUCUCUCUUGCGGUAGCAAUAUUCAGAAUAUUUUCAUUUUUCUAUUUCUCACGUACGAAUCACCACAGAUUCUCAGGCCCACCUGAGGAAAAUCUCAGUGAGUUAGACACGUUUCAAUAUACAAAAACUUAAGAGUUCUCACAAAAUAACUACCACUCCGAAAAAUUAUCGCCACUCUCGAGAAACGGGUUCCUGUAUCGCAGAAAGAGGUUGUCUGGUGGUUGAUUGUGGGUGUCAUAAUUAAACAGCGUUGUUCCUUUUAUAGGAAUCUUUAUGGACGAUAGUAAAGUUGUACAUUUUCAAACACCUCUCGAAACUGGUGAAAUGGACAGUUCAGAAAUUGUAGAGAGCGACUUAUACGACUUCAUAGGGCCUAAUCACUCUGAAUGGUACGUUUAUAAAUAUGGCGCAAGCGAUGAAGAAUUCAGCAGCAAUCCGCGCGGAACAUGCACCACAAAACAAAGCGAUGACCCUGAAACAGUUCUUAAGCGCGCUCGAGAGGCACUGCGGGAAGGAUUUGGACAGUUCAACAUCGUGGGAAGUAACUGCGAGGAUUUUGCACUGUAUUGCAAGACCGGUCAAAGGUGUCAGGUCAGCGGUCAGUAUUUGUCAGCUAUGCGUAAAAUAGAGGCUGCGCGUCAAGCUGCGGCAACUGGGUACAAGAGUCCUAUAGUGUAUGUAGGAUGUGUCUUGGGAUGGCUUUCGGCGAAGGAUUUUCAAAGUCAAACAAACGCGAACAGCGACAUAGCCUCUUCAACGGACAACAAAAAUGGACAAGAGGCACCUUUAGAUACGGCGCUUUAG